CGAAUUCGCAGUUUUGUCCACCUCCCCGCCUCCACCCCCCGCCGCAAACCCUAGCUCGGGAAAAAACCCUAACCCUAGAGGCCUCGCCGACCACCCAGCCAUGGAGCCCGACGGCGACGCCGCGUUCCACCGUAACGAGGCCAUCUCCGCCGUCCAGGACGUGGACCAGUACUACGGCGACGACGACGACUUCGACGACCUCUACAACGACGUCAACGUCGGCGACGGCUUCCUCCACAACUCCUCCUCCUCCCAGCCCCCGCCUUCCCAGCAACUCCCUCCGCCGUCGCUGCCGCCGCCGCUGCCACAGAAGCAGCCACCGUCCCAGCAGCUCCCUCCGCCUCCCCAGCAGCAGCAGCCACCGCCCCAGCACUCGCUGCCCCCGCCGCCGCCGCUCCCGCAGGCGCCGCCUCCGCAGCAGCAGAAGGUGCACAUCCCUGGCGUGGCCGCCCCGGCUCCGAAUCACCCUCCAUCUCAGCCCAAUCUCCCGCCGCCGGCCGCCCCGGCGCCGCUGCCGCCUCAGCAACACCAGAUCCAGCAAGGCGGUGGCGACGGAUUCCACCGCCCGGGAGGCAAUUAUGGCGGUGGUCCCAUCGUGGUCGGGAACGGCGGGCCAGCUGUUGUUGGGGGUGAUGGUCCUGGCGGCACGACGCUGUUCGUCGGGGAGCUCCACUGGUGGACGACCGACGCCGAUCUUGAGGCGGAGCUCAUCAAGUAUGGGCCGGUGAAGGAAGUGAGAUUCUUUGAUGAGAAGGCGAGUGGCAAGUCCAAGGGUUACUGCCAGGUUGACUUCUAUGAUCCUGCUGUUGCCACUGCCUGCAAGGAGGCAAUGAACGGCCACCUGUUCAAUGGUCGUCCGUGCGUUGUGGCCUUUGCCUCGCCGAAUUCCGUCCGUCGAAUGGGCGAGGCGCAGGUUAAGAACCAGCAAUCCAUGUCUGCACAGACAUCGUCUAUGCAGCCCAAGGGUGGGAGAGGCGGCGGCGGUGCUGGAAGCCCUCAGGUUGGUGGUAAUUAUGGUGGUGGCCGCGGAGGUGGACCUGGUGGUGGUGCAGGCGGAGGUGGCGGAAAUUGGGGGAGAGGUGGUGGAGGGAUGGGGAGAGGACCUGCUGGGAAUAUGAGGAAUCGGAUGGGAGGACCAGCAGGCGGCCGAGGGAUCAUGGGAAAUGGUGGAAUGGUUGCACCACCACCUCCAAUGCUGCCUCCAGGCGGAAUGAUGGGGCAGGCUUUUGAUCCUACUGGUUAUGGUGCAAUGGGAAGGAUGGGUGCUGGGUUUGGUGGAUUCCCUGGUGCACCAGGGGCAGGGCCAUUCCCUGGGUUGAUGCAGCCAUUCCCACCUGUGGUUGCACCACAUGUUAAUCCUGCUUUCUUUGGAAGGGGUGGGAUGGGUGCUGGCGGAGUUGGUAUGUGGCCUGACCCCAACAUGGGGGGAUGGGGUGGGGAGGAACAAUCAAGUUAUGGGGAUGAUGCAGCGUCUGAUCAGCAGUAUGGGGAAGGGGGAAGCCAUGGUAAGGAGAGGGCCGAGAGGCCACCUGAUAGGGAGUGGUCUGGUGCAUCGGAGAGGAGGCGGGAGAGGGAGAAGGAUAUACCCCCAGCACAGGAGUGGCCAGAUAGGAAGCACCGGGAUGAACGAGACAUGGGCCGAGAGAGAGAUCGUGACUAUGACAGAGAGAGGGAGAGAGAUCGUGAUAGGGAGAGAGAAAGAGACCGUGACAGGGAGAGGGACAGAGAGAGGGACAGGGAAAGGGAGAGGGAUAGGCACAGGGAUGACAGAGACCGCUAUGGCGAUUAUCAUCGGCACAGGGACCGUGAUUCAGAGCGUAAUGAAGAUUGGGACAGAGGAAGAUCAUCUGGUGUGCGCAGCAGGUCUAGGGAGGUUGAUCAUUCUAAGCGUAGGCGGAUGACGCCUGAGUAGCAUAGCUCGAUGCGCUACUUCUCAUAUAGAGGCAAUACCAAUCCAGGGCAUCUUCUUCUUUUUGCUUACGAGCAUGGACAAUUACCAACUCUUUACUGCUUGUAGCUGUGGUGGUUCUUACUGCUUGUGUCUCCGGCGAUCUGUUGUAGCAUUAUUUGAGAUCUAAAAGCGGUUGGAGACUUUGGAUCUGUUCUGCUACAUGAAGAUCGCCUAACCUGGAUGAUAGUUGUUUCUUGAUGUAUUUUGAUGUGUCUGGGAGAGCAUACAAACAUAAGAAUCUAUAAAUGUGUAAGAUGCUUUGUAGUUUGGACCAAUUUUUGGAAAACAUUACUCUGAGGUGUACCGUUUUGGUAGUAGGAUGUUUGACUGCUUUGUAUUAUUAAAAUUCUUUGUCAUCUCUGUCAUUCUGUUGGUGACCAAAAUGAUUUUUUUGCAUUCCUGUGAAUCAUAUUCCCUUUUUAUA